AGAGAGAGAGAAAGCGGCUCCUCCUCCUCUCCACGCGUCCGACCCGCAUCCACGUUAGCGGGACACUUUCAAGAAACUACCGCUUCAUUAAAAUAAUCUUCUCUUCGUUAACCGGCGGGUUUCCGUUGCUCAGGGUCCCCCCCCCCACCCCCCUCCCGGUAAUUAUCAGUGACUGGCCGGGAGGACGGAGGAGGUGAUGCAGCGGUCCCGGUGAAGUUGAAGCCUCCAGAGACUCUGUCGGAGCGGCUCCUCCGGUGCUCCCCCCGCGCUCAGCGAGCGGCCGUCCCCGCCUCGGAGGCCAUGGGCUGCGGCCUGCGGAAACUGGAAGACCCGGAGGACAGCAGCCCCGGGAAGAUCUACUCCACCUUGAAGAGACCACAAGUGGAGACCAAGACGGAGACUGUGUACGAGUACGUGCUGCUCGACUUCAGUCUGGAAGGUUGCCGUCCUACGGUGCAGUAUGUGGCUUCACUUUCCGAGUUGCCUCAGGCCCUGCAGCCAUACUACACACAAGGCUACAUCCUGGCCGCCCUGCACCCCAUCAUCCUGUCUGUGGGCCGGACCCGCUCGCUACCCUUCAGCCUGCUCUACCGAGCCAUCCUCGCUCGUCCCAGACCCAGCAAGCAGCUGGCGUCCAUGUGUUACAGCGUGCCGCUGUUGAAGGUGGAGGAGUGGCCGUUACCCGGAGAGUCGCUGACGGGCGACACGGUCAGAGCGCUCAUCGACAGGGUGAACAGCAGUGCCCGGGGGGGCGUUCGAUUCGUUGCCUCGGUCCUCCAGCAGGUGAGCGGGAUCACCAACGGCCGAGUACACAGUCCCAAGAGAGGCUGCCGCUCGCCUCCACGCAGCCCUCCGCGUACUCCGCCUGGAGACAGAGAGCUGGAGGAAAACACCUACAGUCCUGACUUGAGGUUGCUGGUCUUCUUCCACUCCUGGGCCCCAGGCUGUGCUCCUCUGGACUCCCUGGCCUGUCAGUACCACCAGGGGGCGCUCUCCAUGCGCGUCUCCAGGAAGGGUCAGGUGGUCAGCUCCCUGGAAGCUGAUUGGCUGGAGCUGACUGCCGCCUACUACCGCAAAGGCUGGUCGUUGGUUGACUCCUUCGUCUACUGGGACACACCCAAAGGUGAGCCGGUGCCCAGAUCACUGGAGGGAUUGUUCGUGUAUGAAGAGAGAAGCACCUCCCCGGCCAAUGACACCAUCGUCGUCAGCAGUGGACUGUCAUCGAUGGGCUCCAACGUGAAAACGGACUAUGGGCCUCUGCUUCACACUCUGGCCGAGUUUGGUUGGCUGCUCACGUGUGUGCUGCCCACUCCCAUCAUCCGUCACGACAGUGAUGGGAACCUGGCCACAAAGCAGGUUGUGUUUCUCCAGCGGCCGGUCAGAAGUCCGGCGGCAGGACAACCGAGGAACCAGGCUCCAUCGAUGCCCAGCGACGUGUCCAGUCGCUCUGUGAGUCGGGCGGUCAGCGGCCCCGUCCCUCCAGAGGAGCUGUCUCCGAAGCCCGGGGGCAUCGGGGGCUUCCCGGUGUUCGGAGGGGGGUACCCCAGCGCCCUGGCCCACCUGGAGGAAGGCGGCUUCGAGCAGGAGGAGGGGAAAGCUGAGGUCACCUGUAUGUGAGCGGGACGGGAGCAGAGCGACAGUUAAGUUUCAAACCAACGUUGUUGGAUUACAGAAGGAACGUCCACAGACCGGUGGACUGGGCCUUCGUCUUCUUUUUAACAGACUUUAAUGUAGAAGAACUCAGCACUUUCAAUUUUUUUUUUUGACCCUUGUCUUCACUUCGGGACCCUCUCGUAUCCCUCGGGUCAAAUUGACCCCGGGACUUAUUUGGGGGUUUAAAAACAAUUCUGAAAUCAAAUUUUCCUUCAUAAUCUAUUAACAAAUAUCGUCUUCAUCUUUCCAACAGUGAGAUAACGUCUAUGUUCACGGAAUGCAUCAGCUCUACUAGCCACCAUUAAACAUGGAAGUGGGGUUCGUUUGUGUCUAAGGUUAUGUAAUUCAUGUUAAAAAUCCACUAUGGAAAAUUCUGAAUUGAGUCAGGAAUACAUGUUUAUCACAGGAAAUAAGGCAAGGCCGCUGAUUUUCAAGUAGAAAUAAUGUAACUUGGACCAUUUUUCUUCUUGUAAAAGUUUUAAAUGGGUCAGCUUGACCCGAAUACCAUACGAGGGUUAAUGAAGCCAUAAUGAGAAUGAGAUAUUAUUUAGAUCUAUGUAUGGUUAGAGAGAUUUAUCGGGGGGGAGAGAACACGUCCUUGGGAGACACUUUCCACAUAUUUACAUCCUUUCCGAAGGGAUUUCCACCCUCUGAUGGGUUCAGGUGCUGAUGGGGAAAUUGUCACGAUGCUAUAAACACAGACUUCUGCACAUUUUGGCAACAACACCGGUGGUGAAAUGAGGGAAACGGGCUCUACUUUCUUUUACGACUCAGCUCACACGUCUUUCAAUUUGGAUUUCUUUCACAGUCAAGCAUUUUUUAAUUUCCCCUUAUCUCUUCUCAACCCCCUUUUUUACUUUCCCCUCCCUCCUCGUAGCUUCUUGCGGGUCAAAGUCAAAGCUCCUGUCUCCUCUGGCCCAGCCCGACGCAGGUUGGGAACACUGUCACAGUCUCCCUGAUGAUUUCAGUACUGACAUAGUACAUGUGGACAGAUAACAGGAUUUCUCUGUGGGGGGGUCUGGAGGAUUUCAGACUUGUGGUGAUAGGGGCUGUGAUUAACUCGGAGACAUUUCCUAUCACUGUGUUUUAUCUGACUGCUGUCAUUUCAUAAUCCUCCUGGAAAUGGUUGUGUCUCAUCAUGCAUACAUUUUAAUGUGUUAUUUAACAUUUGAUCAGCCAUAAUAGGAUUUUUCUUCAGUCCAAAAGUGCAAAUUGCUGCUUUAGAGGUUAUAUGGUACUGGCAAUACACACCUGCUACUCCCUCUGUUAUGGAUUAAGUUCUUCAGAGACGCUGUUACAUUGAAACAUUGAUGACUGUAUUUAUUUUUUAUUUUAAGGGGAACUCCACCGAUUUUACAUAUCAAAGUCUGUGUGCAGGUCUUAAGGAAGUAUGUGAUAGAAGGUCGUAGAAAGCAUCGGCUGGGUCUGAAGACUACAAGGUGGAGGAUUCAAAAAGAAAUGUGGAGGUUUGGAAACGAGUGAUCCUACCAGACAUCUGCAGGCUACAGUCGCUGCUCCUCGCAUCAUGACACACACCUGAGUCUGUGACCCAACCGUUAGCGGCCAUGUGGGAUUGUGGGUAAUGUAGGUGCCAGGGUUUUGACAAGGAAAAGAAUACGUGGAAUUAAAAAAAAAAAAGCACUAUAUCUGGUUCUGCUGCAUCGAUUUUUAUACCUUUUUAAAUAAUGAAACCAUCCACUAAGAGUCUGAAAAUGUAGUAGGAAUGCAAAUGUUAAAUCGGUGGAUUCCUCUUUCUAUGAAACUUUGUUUUUAAGAGGACAAUGCUGUUGUAUAUAUCUUAGAUGUUAGUUUUAAUUGUGCAAAUUGGGAUUCUAAUUGUGAUGCAUGUUUUUUUUUUUGCAUUUUGGGGGAAAAGUCUAGUUUAAUGUCCAGUGAUUUAUACACCGCCCACAAUUUGAAUCAUACAUGUUUUUAAAUGUAUUUAGCUCCACAAACUCCCCAUCAGGGUUUACUAAAUGUCAGUAUUAAUACUCCAACCUUAACUUUUUUUUGGAGAGUUGUACAUUUGGCUUCCUCUUCUAUUGUAUUAAACAGUUAUUUUCCAUG